GUGUGGCCGCUUCCCGGGCUGCAAAGGCUUCGGCUACCAGGCCCACGCCUGCUUCGAGGAGGGCCAGGGCAAGUGGCAGGGCGCCUGCUGGCUGUGGGGCGACGAGUGCACAGACGAGCCGAACGAGUGGACGAUUACGUCUUGGUGGAGCCGAAGCCGUUGGAGUAUCACAAGGCGGGCGCAGGAAAGAGCUGCAGCAAUUGGAAGGAGAUCGGCAUUUCCCCGAAGAUGUUCAAGCCCACGGAGAAGGCGUGCGCCUCCCGGUGUGCGCAGAUCAGGGACUGCACCGGCUUCGCGUACCAGCCGAGGAUACCUGCGACUCCCCAGAGCAGAAGCCCUUCGACCGCCGAGCGUGCUACCUGA